ACUGAUGAAGUGACGUGAGUGGUUGACGAUGCUAAAUGGCAGCACUUGAAAUAGUCUACCUGCCAGCCUGCUCACCCACUUGCUGAUGCGAUCACGACCCCAUUAGCUGCGUUUCAGCACCGGACAGCUCCUCUCUCCAGGACGGUGAAGCAGACGGAGACUUCUUACUGUUUUCUCACUUUUAAGGAGCUUUUAAAAAAGUCACAGGAAGGGAAGAGAUGGAUAUUAACCGACCGGCUAAUGUCUCCUUUUUUGAUUUUAUCGGAGGAGUCCAACUUCUCCAGGGGGAGGACAUCAGGACGGCGGUGCCCGUCAUCCUCAUCGGGAUCUGCGUCUCCGGAGCGGUUGGGAAUUUGCUGGUUUUGCUGAUUUUCAUCCGCGACUUCAGGAGCGGCAGAGGCUCCGAGGUGAAGGCGCUGCUCGCCUCUCUGGCGUCCACGGACUUGGUGAUCCUGCUGCUGUGCGCUCCGGUGCGCGCCGUCACUUACUACAAGCAGAGCUGGACCCUGGGGAGUUUCGUGUGCAGCACCACGGACUGGUUCCAGCACUCGUGCAUAAUUGCCAAAACUUUAAUCCUCGCCGCUACCACCAGAGCCAAGCACACUCUGGUCCCCAGCACCGCCACGGGGCCCCUCUACAGCCCGACGUGGAUCCACGGAGCGCUGGCCUUCAUCUGGAUAGUGUCCAUGAUGUUUCCCAUCCCGCAGCUGCUCUUCGCCUCCUCGGUGCAGCAGGGACGCGACACCAUUUGCGUCUCCGAGAUGCCAGUGUGCGCGUCCGACUUCAUGAGUUUGUUCUACAAGAUUUAUCCAACCGCAGCCUUCGUGGGUCCGGCCAUCUUCACGGUGGCCUACUACACUAAAAUGCUCCACGCCGCGGUGAACCACGCACCGAGCCCGCAGCACCAGACCAAGGUGAUCCUGGUUUUACUCUGUCUGAGCGGCGCGCUGGGGCUGCUGCUGCUGCCGGAGUGGGGGACGUUCACCUGGAUCAGACUGGGCUACGCCAGGCCUCCCGUGGGGCUGCUCAUCUUCGGACAGGUCCUCCUUUACGCGUGCAGCUCCCUGUCGCCGGUCAUCCUCAUGACCAUGUACGACGACGUGCGCCAAGGACUCAUCAACAUCUGGCUCGUCUUCACCUGCAGGAGCAAAAAGCGCGUCCCGAGCAAACAGUGUCCAAAAACGGAGGGAAACGGAGCAGAAGUGGGAACCAACGCCGUCGUGAACGCGGUGCUGCAGGGGAAGGAGAAGACGUUCCCAGAUGUGGAGCACUUUUGGACAGGACGCAGGAAUACGCACGUCGAGGAGGAGCAGGAUCCGGUUCCAUGGGAGAGAGAGGAGAAGAUGCUGUAGUGAAAUCUAAUGUCAAAUUAUUUCUUUUAAAAAAUUUUUUAGCACAAGCUUGUUCUCGGCUGGUUUCUAGUUCGUUGCCCCACAGUGCAGACCCUCGGUGAAAGGCUGUUUUCUUUGCUGUCGUGCGCUUGAAUUAGAUGUAAAAUAAAGUUGUACACUAUCAUAUUUUUGAUGUUUCUAAAAAAUCUUCUGUUGUGAAUAUUUGUUCUUAGUAGGGCUUCUUCAGAUUUGUAAAAAGAAAACAGUGUAAAUAUUCACUCAAGUUGUGCUUGUGUACAUGUGAUGAAUAACACGGAUAUUAAAACGUUCUGAAAUA